AUGCAGAGAUCUUCAAGAAAGAGAGAUUCAAGUUUCUUAGAGCAACUGAUUCUCUACGUAGCAGGCGCUGCAUUGGCUAGCUUGUCUCUAUACUUCUGUGCCCGUCACUCCGACCCGAACCGUGACGCUUCUGAUAAGGCCCUCGAGCGUAAGAGAGAAAUCGCCAAGCGUCUCGGUCGUCCUCUUAUCCAGACCAAUCAAUACGAGGAUGUAAUAAACUCACGAAAGAUAGACGUGGAGUUUGAUUCUAUUGGAGGGUUAGAGUCAAAGAAGCAGUCUCUGUACGAGCUUGUGAUUCUACCGCUGAAAAGACCUGAGCUUUUCGCUUAUGGGAAGUUGCUUGGCCCUCAAAAGGGCGUGUUGCUGUAUGGUCCUCCUGGAACCGGGAAGACCAUGCUUGCUAAAGCUAUUGCGAAAGAAUCCGGAGCUGUUUUUAUAAAUGUGAGGGUCUCUAAUCUGAUGAGCAAGUGGUUUGGUGAUGCACAGAAGCUUGUGGCUGCUGUGUUUAGCUUGGCGGAGAAGCUCCAGCCUGCGAUUGUUUUUAUCGAUGAGGUGGAUAGCUUUCUUGGCCAGCGAAGGUCUACGGGUAAUGAGGCGAUGGCGAUUUUGAAGACGGAGUUUAUGGCUUUAUGGGAUGGGUGCAAUCUCUAA